AUUGGCGUGGCACGUGGCGCGCUCCUGUUGGGCAGCGCUCUCUAUGCCAUUGUGCCUUGUCUAGAAAACCCUUACUCUGGUUUCGCCGCGCACAGGAGCAGAGGAGCGCCGCGAGGGAGAGAGAGAGGCUCUCGAUUCUCUAUCGCCUUGGAUCGCAGCGAUUGUGGCAGCGGUCGGCGGCGCCACGCAGGGUUCGUGGGAGCGAAAUUCACUGCCCGUGCUGCGAUUCGAAGGCGCUGCGAGGCUCCUGCGCGUUGCGACAAGGGUGGCUGCAGUAGUUUCUUUUAUGUCUGAAGGCGUCGCCAUAUACUUGGGUUUGGUUGGGUUGCUUGGGCAGUACUGCCCUACAACGAGGAACAGACAUAAGCCGCAGGAGCUCGCCUCUCUGCCCGCCAUCGCCACCGCCACCUUGGUGCUGCAUGCGGCAACUCUCGGCCCCCAGGAAGAGCUCCUCCAGGACCCCGGCAUCAUCCUGAGCUGAUCCUCACCUCCAGCGCGUCCUCUUUUUUCUUCCUUCGGAAACACCAACAUGGCGCUCCUCAACAUCGGUGCUAGCAACAAGGAUGACGCCUUCUACAGGUACAAGAUGCCCCGGCUGAUGACCAAGAUCGAGGGCCGCGGCAAUGGUAUCAAGACCAACAUCGUCAACAUGGUGGACGUUGCCAAGGCGCUCGCCCGCCCCCCGGCCUACACGACCAAGUACUUUGGCUGCGAGUUGGGAGCGCAGUCGAAGUUUGAUGAGAAGACGGGGACCUCGAUCGUGAACGGGGCUCACGACCACGGGAAGCUGGCGGCGUUGCUGGAGCACUUCAUCAAGAAGUACGUGCAGUGCUAUGGCUGUAGCAACCCGGAAACUGAGAUACUUGUGAGCAAGGCGGGGAUGAUCACGCUCAACUGCGCGGCUUGUGGCUACAUCUCCAACGUGGACAUGCGGGACAAGCUGACGACGUUCAUUGUGAAGAACCCGCCCGAGCAGAAGAAGUCGGGCAAGGACAAGAAGCUGCGCCGGGCCGAGAAGGAGCGGCUGCAGGAGGGCGAGCUUGCGGACGAGGAGAUGAAGAAGUCCAAGAAGGAAGGUAGCCGGAAGAAGAAGGACGAGGACAAGAAGGCGCCCAAGAAGAAGCCCGGGUCUGACGAGGAGGAGGAACUCUCGCCCGUGGCGAGCCAGGCGGACGACGAGGAGGUGGCGGAGGACGAGGACGACGUGCAGUGGCAGGCCGAUACCUCUGCUGAGGCGGCAAAGCAGCGGAUGAAGGAGCAGCUCACCAGCGUGACGACGGAGAUGGUGAUGCUGGCGGAGCCCGAGGAGAACAAGCCGGUGGACUCCCCCCGCGUGGGCGUCGGCGGCGGCAAGUCGAAGAUGAGGAAGUCCCUCUCGUCCAAGAAGUCGGAUAUCAAGGAGGCCGACAUUCCCAAGCUCCAGGAGCUGAGCCUGCACGACAAGCUGGUGAAGGAUCUCAAGGGGAAGAUCGCGAGCGGCUGCUCCGCCGCCGAGGCCGCGUCCCUGGUGCUCAACAAGCCGGAUCCGCCGCUGGACGUGAUGGUGGCCUACUUCCAGGCGUUGUUCGACGGCGUGAGCAAGGAUCUGUUCAAGGAGGUGAAGAAGUCCAAGGAGUACCUCGAAGCGGUGGUGCAGGACGAGAGCUGCCAGAAGAACUUGCUGGUGGCGAUGGAGGUGUUCGCGUCCACCGGGGUGGACGUGUCCAAGCAGAUGCUCUUGGUGCUCAAGUUCCUGUACGACGCGGACGUGCUGGAGGAGGAGCACAUCCUCGAGUGGUAUUCGUCCAAGCCAUCGCCGCUGGUGGGAGCCAAGGCCGAGAACGUCAAGAAGGCGGUGGAGCCGUUCAUACAGUGGCUGGAGAACGCCGAGGCCGAGACCGAGACGGAGGACGAGUAGAGGAUGCUACGCGCUGGGCUGGCUUGGAUUUCUUCUUCGUUCUUUCUUUCUUCCAUCUGGGUUUGAUCGUGUGCGUGUGUGUGUGGCGCUUGCUUCCCUAUGGUUUUUUAUUGUGUGUGUUCUUCAUCCUCUUCACGAAAUAAUAAACUUUUAUAAUGUUCUGGAA